GAAUCCAGCAGGAAUCUGAAGGGGGGGGGGACCCUAAGAGGGGGGUCACAAAGGUUGAGACAUGGCCACCAGGCGUUUAACCGACGCUUUCUUGUUGUUGCGGAAUAAUUCCAUCCAAAACCGGCAGCUGUUAGCCGAGCAAGUGAGUAGUCACACCACCUCCAGCCCUCUGCAUUCACGUAGCCCUGCCGCGGAGCUGGAUGAGCUUGCUGAUGACCGAAUGGCCCUGGUGUCCGGCAUCAGCUUAGACCCCGAAGCAGCAAUUGGUGUGACAAAACGCUCCCCGCCCAAGUGGGUGGAUGGAGUCGAUGAGAUACAAUAUGACGUCGGGCGAAUUAAGCAGAAGAUGAAAGAACUAGCCAGUCUUCACGACAAGCAUUUGAACAGACCCACCCUGGACGACAGCAGCGCCGAGGAGCACGCCAUCGAGAUAGCCACGCAGGAGAUCACGCAGCUCUUCCACAGGUGCCAGCGCGCGGUGCGGGCACUGCCGAGCCGGGCCCGCCGGGCGCGCACGGAGCAGGAAGAGCGGCUGCUGCGCAACGUGGUGGCGUCGCUGGCGCAGGCGCUGCAGGAGCUCUCCACCGGCUUCCGGCACGCACAGUCCGGCUACCUGAAACGCAUGAAGAACCGGGAGGAAAGAGCCCAGCAUUUUUUUGAUACAUCAGUACCACUAAUGGAUGGCGGAGGCGAUAAUGCUCUGUACGACCGGGGCUUCACAGAUGACCAGUUGGUGCUGGUGGAGCAGAACACGCUGCUGGUGGAGGAGAGGGAGCGGGAGAUCUGCCAGAUCGUGCAGUCCAUUUCCGACCUGAACGAGAUCUUUAGGGACCUAGGAGCCAUGAUUGUAGAACAGGGUACAGUCCUCGAUAGAAUCGACUAUAACGUUGAACAGUCCUGUGUUAAAACCGAAGAUGGCUUGAAACAGCUUCACAAGGCAGAGCAGUACCAAAAGAAGAAUCGGAAGAUGCUUGUGAUUUUAAUCUUGUUUGUCAUCAUCAUUGUCCUCAUUGUUGUCCUGGUCGGCGUGAAGUCUCGCUAGUGGCGUUGGCGUUGGGUUCUGGCGCCGGCGGCGGCGAGGACGCCUCGGGUUUGGGGGCGCGGCUGUCUCCCCCUCAGCCUUGCUGGCCCGGAGCCGCCGGGGCCCGGCCCAGGCAGGGCCCGCCCUCCCAAGGACGCCUCCUCACUCCCGAGGGGGCACCGGCCUGUCGUUCCAUCCUGGUGGAGGCUGAGGGUGGUACACCACUGCAGAAGAGCUUGGUUGGUUCUGUGAUCGCUUAGAUGAUUAUCUUUUUUUUUUUUCUUUACGAAGUGAAAUGAGUUUAACGUUUACAGGCGCUGCUAAAGCUGCUCGGGGUUAUUUGUGUGGAUGCUGUUUUAUCAGCAGUCGUGUCUGAGUAGCAUGUCAAAAUAAUUUGGGGGGGGAAUUUUUUUUAAGCCAUUUGGUUUUUAAGACGUUUGUACCAAACACGUAUGAGUCCAG